AUGAAUAAAAAGCAUUUAGAUACAUACAGGAUUAAUUACCAUCCAUUACUCAAACCAGAUUUAGGAACCAGAAGAUCUAGUAUAGCCUCACUAUGGAGUAAAGAUUCUACCACCUCUAAAAGAAAGCCUGUAGUAGAUCUGAAAAUUGACAAUGUCUCUAAUGAGUUACGUUUUCACCCUCCGGUACCAAGCCCUGGUAUGCUUAGUACACAUUCUAUGUGGAGCACCAGUGACUUACUACUCUCACCUAGUCCUAGAGGACAGAGGAAAGAUCCAGACUCUAUUUCAAGAUAUCUAGUCAGACAUGCCUGGCAAGUAGUUGAACAGCCCAGUCUAGAUGUGAUUCUAGAUGAGUGUCUAGAUGAGAUUCUAGAUGAGAGUCUAGAUGAGAUUCUAGAUGAGAGUCUAGAUGUGAUUCUAGAUGAGAGUCUAGAUGAGAUUCUAGAUGAGAGUCUAGAUGUGAUUCUAGAUGAAAGUCUAGAUGAGAGUCUAGAUGAGAGUCUAGAUGUGAUUCUAGAUGAAAGUCUAGAUGUGAUUCUAGAUGAGAGUCUAGAUGAGAGUCUAGAUGAGAUUCUAGAUGAGAGUCUAGAUGAGAGUCUAGAUGAGAGUCUAGAUGUGAUUCUAGAUGAGAGUCUAGAUGAGAGUCUAGAUGAGAGUCUAGAUGUGAUUCUAGAUGAAAGUCUAGAUGAGAGUCAAGAUGUGAUUCUAGAUGAAAGUCUAGAUGAGAGUCUAGAUGUGAUUCUAGAUGAGAGUCUAGAUGAGAGUCUAGAUGAGAUUCCAGAUGCAGUAAUGAUCAAGAAUAAGAUAUUGAUUUUUACCAUUUAA